AUGGACUUGAGAAAACUUAAGAAGGUGAGGCGGAAGAUAGUCCAGCGUUAUGACCGACAUUACUUCACUGCUUUCCUGCAGGGCAUAUACGGUUGCCGCUGGAGACGCUACCAGUGGUUGGAGAUAGAGAUGGGUACUACUUGCUGUGUGAGGGGAGAGCAGAUAUUUUACCCCAUUCUGGUGGUGACAUUAUUCACGUCAUUCAUAUUUCUGUACAUGUGGCUAGAAGCAAAGAACGACUAUGCCAGCUUUGACGAGUACCUUUACCAAUUCACUGAUCAUUGGUUUUUCUGGUCCUUCUUUCUGGUGGUUGCAGCCUCAGUCAUGUUCAGUUACAUCAUGCUGCUUAUGAUUAUAGGAAUGUGUUUGCUAGCAGAAGGGCAGCAGCUAUAUCUGCAUUGGUGCAAUAAGAUCGGAGUCCUCCUGAUCUUGAGCACAUGUAUCUUUGGUUUUAUGUCUGUGAACCUCUUGUAUGACGAGAAAUGGAAAGCUGCUGAAGUAUCCCUACAGAUCACCGCUCCCUAUGUACAUUUCUUUGGACUGUGCUUUAUGGUGGUGGUCUCGUGGCCCAUAGCCCUCUAUUUUGCCAAGCUAAAUAGAAGAGCUCUCAUGGAGGUGGAGGACCAAGAUUGGAGAGAGGCCUACAAAGAGUCUAGGAAAAUAAUGAAAAUUAGAGCCAUUCAAAUCGUCAGUGUUUUUUCCUUCCUGGUCGCUCUUCUCCUUGUAUAUGUCAUGCCCCUAGCGAUACAUUCUCCCUGUCUCCGAGAAAACAAGACCCUGGGACCCAAACCGACUUUCAUUGGGCACAGAGGCGCACCAAUGCUGGCACCAGAGAAUACUAAGAUGGCCUUUGAGAAAGCUAUUGAACAUGGUGCCGCAGGGCUGGAGACUGAUGUCACCCUCAGUUAUGAUGGUGUUCCUUUCCUCAUGCAUGACACCACCCUGAAGAGAACAACCAAUAUCCAUGAGAUCUUGCCGGAUUUCUCUAACACACACGCCUCUAUGUUCACUUGGGAAACCCUGGAAACCCUGAACUCAGGCCAAUGGUUCUUCAAGUCUAGGCCAUUUAAAUACAUGGAACCACUGACAAAAGAAGAUGAAGAGAUGGCAAAGAAUCAGUCAAUUAUGACACUGAGCAAUUUUUUGAAACUUGCAAACAAGGAAAAUAAAUUGGUGAUAUUUGAUCUCUACCGUCCCCCAAGGAAGCAUCCUUACAGACAUACAUGGAUCAUGAGAGUGUUAGAAGUGAUGAUCGAUGAAGUCGGCAUUAAAAGCCAUCUGGUCCUUUGGUUGCCAGGACAGUUCAGGGCAGAUGUCCAAAUGAUAGCUCCAAAUUACAGACAAGUGCUGGGAAAGAAGUUGCCUCUUUCUGACCUCUUAAGAAUGGGAAUCAAAGGAUUGAACCUUGGUUACAAGGACAUAAACAGCAAGGAUAUCAAGGAAUAUGAGAAGUUUGGCAUCUUCACUAACAUCUACGUGAUCAAUGAGCCCUGGUUGUACUCUCUGGCCUGGUGUGCUGGUGUGCAUUCAGUCACCACUAAUACCAUCCAGAUACUGAAGAACAUUAAACGCCCAUUCUUCUUAAUGACACCAGAUGAGUAUAUGAGAAUGUGGAUACUGCUGGACUUCAUCUCUGCCUUCAUCAUUAUGAUUGUGUUUUUUUUCCACUGGUGGAGAGAGAAAGGAUGGUGUGAAUUGGCUGGGAGAAACACAAGCCCAGUCUUUCCAAUGUCCGGGGUUACAGAUAUCGAAGAGAAUAUUGGGGAGGUCCAACAACAAAAUAAAAACAAUGAAAAUCAAGAAGAAAUUCCGGUAUCACCAAGUCCUUCUGACAAAACCACAGGAGAUUAUUGGGAAUCCCUCUUAGAAAUGAAACUUGAAAACAUGAAAAUGACAAGGAGCCUGAGCACAGAGAGUGUUAUAGGAUCAAACGAUGAAGACCAAGGAAAUAUGUUUCCUACAAGCAUAAGCAAAGACACCGGGAAAGGAUCAGAAGAAGAAGAGGUACUAGGCAUGUCUCAUUGUGUAGGAGAAGAGAAAGGGGGUAUCUUUGGAAAUGAAGGUGAUUAA